AUGAAGGGAAAUUUCAAUAACCGCAGGAGAGAUCACGGUGGUAAUAAUGGUAAUGUAUCUGGUGGCCCAGGUGCUUCUGCUGGCGGUGGUAGAUCGGGAGGAUCUAGUGGCGGUGGUGGGCCUUCGACGUUUUACGAAAAUUCAGAGAUCUCAAAGGGCUUCAACGAUCGUUUAGAUUAUUUGUUCGCUAACAGUAUUGGUUCAGAAGCCAUUGCAACAGUGACUUCUGGUGCCAAAUAUUCUGGUCUUUUAGUUGCCACUAAUUUGGAAACGACCAAUGGUAUUGAUAUUGUUUUAAAAUAUCCAAAAGUUGUAGAUACAGCUUUCACUGAUAACGUAGAGAAAUUGACUGAACAAUUGGGAGAUACAUUGUUGAUUAAUGGUGAGGAUGUGGCAGAAUUAGAAUUGAAGAAUAUCGAUUUUACCCUAGAUGAAAAGUGGGAAAACUCAAAGAGACAGGAGGGUGAAGAAAGACAAAGAAAGGAGAAAGAGAGAGAAUUCCAAGAGGAAAAUGGCAGGAAAGGAUUCAAGACUGAUACUGAUAUUACUCGUAGUGGUAAACCUGAAGUUAGAGAGCGUGAAUUGUUGAAAUGGACUCCUGAUGAGAAUGAUGGAAAUGUGAAUGAAGCUCUAGAAGAUAAUGCAGGUGAAUGGGAUCAAUUUUCUGUCAACGAACAAAAAUUUGGUGUGAAAUCUACAUUUGAUGAACAUUUUUACACUACUAAGAUUAAUAAAGAUGAUCCCAAUUUUGACAAAAGAUUCAAAGAGGCUGAGAGAAUCGCGAAGGAGAUUGAAUCUCAAGGGGUUUCUACUAAUCAUCAUUUGAAUGAAGAAAGAGGGGUCGCGGCAGACGAUUCUGGUAUGGAUGAAGAGGAUUUGUACUCUGGUGUGGAUAGAAGAGGUAAUGAAUUACUUGCAGCCUUGAAAAGCAAUGCUAAACAAGGUUUGAAUCAAGAGUCCAACAAAAACGCUUCUUCCUUAAAGAAUCAAUCACAGCAUGUGGACCCUGCUAUCAUCUCUUCAAGUACAGUUAAGGGAGACCAACAGCAGCAGUCACACCAGCAGCGUAAAAAUACUGAUGGCUCUACUCAAACUAAGCAAGAUCCACAAGCAGUUCACAAGAGUGGUACUAAUGCUACUUUGGGUAAGGAAAAUGUUUCUCCUGCCCCUUCUAACAAAUCUCCCAAGAGAGAGCCAUUAGAUGGUAGUAAUAGAAAACCACAUACUACUACUAAAGAGGCACAAAUUGAAGAUCUCAAAAAGUUUUCUCAGAAGUUUAAAGUUCCCUAUGACGUGCCUGAGGAUAUGAAAGAUAUUUUAAAAAAAUCUGCUUUAAAAGGUGCUCCAUCUUUACCACCAAAGCCUCAGAGUUCUAGUAACAGACCUUCAGUUCCACCAACGCCUUCUUCGGGCAAAACAGACAUUAGGAAAACCAACAGAGUCAAUUCACAGGAACAAACGCCAGUUGAUUCUCCAUCAGGGAGGAUGAGUAGUUCUUCCAAAAAACGUUAUGGUAACUCUUUUUUUGGAUCUAAAGUUCUGUCUCCCGAUAACAACAGAAGGGGUGCAUUUGGUAAGAACUUCAACAUGUUUUUAAGAUCAAAGGAAGCUCAUGAUGAAAAGCAAAGACAAAAGAGUAGUGAAUCUAAAGUUAUGGAGCCUUUCUUCAUAGAGAAGCCUUAUUUCACGGCACCAACUUGGCCGGGAACUGUUGAACAGUCCUAUAAGACAUUCUUCCCCGAUGAAAGAACUGCCGUGCAGAGAGCUCAAAUGAAUUUGCAACAACGUCAAAUGAAUUCAAUGAAUGCUGCUGCUGCUGCCGCCGCCGCUAAUCAACAGAUGGGUGUCGUCAUGGGUAAUAUGAUGAGGUUCCCUAUGGGGCCUGGCGCUUCUCCGACACCAAUGAUGAAUGGCCUCGCAGGUAACAUGGGCAUGUACAUGCCAUUUCAGCCACAACCAAUGUUUUAUCCUUCCAUGCCGAAUAUGAUGUCGGUGAUGGGUGGAGAUGAUGGUGGUGGCAGCCCUUCACCUCAAGCAGUAUCACCACACAUGCCACCUGCAUACAUGAGCGGUGCACCUGGAACCCCCAUGACAUUUGGAUAUCCUGGCGCCAUGCCUUUCCAAGCAGCAAUGGUUGGAGGAGGUGGUCCUAGAGUAGGAGGCACCGGUAAUUAUAGACAAAACUACCACCAUCAUAACAGCCAUGGUGGGCAUGGUCACCACAGAAACAACCAUGAAAAUCAUUAA